UUCAAGUGGUAAUGGAAAAUCAAAACGAUCGCAUAUAUAGUAGAAAUGAAAUUCGCGAUAGACAACGUAGAAAUGCGAAUGAGAAGUCUUCGGAUGAAAGUACUGAUUCUAGUUCAGAGCCUCAGACUAGCAAAAAAGUUAACUACUCCUACAAAAAAUAUUAUAAAAACAUAAAGAGGCCAUCGAAAAGAAAUAUCAAUUUUGAACCGUAUCUGGAGCACCGAAAAUCUAGAAAUUACCGAGAAUCGAGUCCCGAGGGCGAUGCACCUAUAUAUACCUUAAAUGCCCCGGAAGAACCAAAUGAUCCCGAACCGAAGUGCAAUCCUGCAGGACAUGGCAAAAAAUCAUCUUCCGAAUGUCAAGAUAAUAAAUUACUUUAUAUGAUCGCAGGGUAUGUUGUGGGCAUUUUAAUGGUACUAAUCUGGUAUUACAGAAAUCCCCAAAAAGCGCGCCGUGAUCUGAACGGAAGAUGGAUUUUCAUAGUUUUGUUCUUUCUAUUAUUGAUUAUAUUGGUUCAGAAACGUCCAGCCAGGUGCAUUGCAGCUUUAUGCUUUUUUAGCUUAGUUAGAUACCAGUUUCGGGCACUAAUUAUCGCCUUUGCUUUUUUGGUGGCUUGUUGCGGACCUGUAAAAACCACAAUCCACAACAUUUGCAUUAUGGCGAACUCUCUAUACUGCGGACAAAAUGUAUUAAUACAAGCGCUCAGUCCUAUGCAACGCAUUAUAAAUGAUCCUUCUCAUUCCGUGGAAGAAUCUUUUCAAGGAACAUUGGCUGCAGUUCGCAAGCUCGUAAAUAAAUUGGAUAAGCUUUUACUGAAUCUGGAGAAACCCAUAGCUUUAAUACAUGUAACUUACAGGACCUGCGGAGAUUGGCUAAUCUUGCAGAAGAAUCACUUUGACUACAGAAUGGGAUCGCCGUACAAUCGCUGUAUGAAAGCUGGAAACUUGAGCGUUGCUCAAUGCCAAAGUGAAUUCUAUAAGGAAACUAAAGAGUGCUGUAAUCUACAGCGGUUCGCUUGGUUCUGUGAAAGUCUUAGAGGCAUUAAAAGCUUCUUCGAUGACAACAUUCAGUGGUCACUACUAAUAAUAGAAGAAAUAUUUAAACGUUUGCAUAUAUGUUUUAUAAAAAUCCGUUAUGUCUUUAUAUCAACCAUUAGCUUUGAUCAUAAAUUGAAAUUGAAUUCCACAAGUUCACUGACAGCAUACACUGAUCAAAAAUAUGAACAGGAUUUUACACAACACUUGGAUUCCGAGAGAAACAAGUUAUUUUUUAUUUUUCUUUGGCUUGAUUUGAUUGUCUUUGUACUUCUGCUAACUUGUCUUUUACAAUCUGUUUACUUUUGGUUUCGUUUCUUGGGUAAUGGAAGCUAUGAAAACGUUUUUAUAACAAAAGAUUUUGAAAACUUAGAUGAACGACAUUAUCAAGAAAAUGGUUCUAGGGCCUUGCCCUUGAGCAGUUGUGAAGAGAAUCAAUAUGUUAUGAUUAACUCACUGCGACUUUUGCCCAAAGAGUAUAGUAAGAGGUAUCACUCUGGGAUGUUUUUAGUGAUUACUGGAAUUCAGUUAUUCUGUAUCUGCUUUGUGGACUACAGUCUUUAUAGUAUGCUUACUUUUAUGUCUUAUCAUGGACAUAUGACUGCUGGACUCCAACCUCCCGCUUACAAACAAGUUAUUAUUAAAGGCGGAGGUCAAAUCGGUGACCUUCUAAGGGAAUUCGUUCACGCCUUUGAGCCAAAGGCCUUUAAAACAAAUACUCAAAAGUGUCUGCCGAUCCCUGCAAAGCCAAAAUAUCUACGAUAUUUAUGGAUAUUUUUGCUAUAUUUGCUGGCCUGGUUCUUGGUCUUUUGGGAGCCAUACGGUCUCCGCCAAAGACACCGCAUUAUGGGUCAUUUUUAUCCAAAAGAAUCAAGGAGGAGAGUCUACGAGUUGCAUGAUACUAUACUUAAGGAUAGAAAAACUUUAUUUCAAACAAGAAUUAAGCAAGCUAGAUUAUUAAACGCUUUUGAAGAUAACAAAUUUAAAUUACCUUGGUUUAAUUCCAAUAAAAUUUGGCGUUUGUAUUGGGGCCGCAAUUCCCUAAUUGGCAGAUCUUGUACUGUUUGCAAUAAACCGCUAAAUAAAACUGAUCAUUAUCCCUGUGACUUGCCCAAUUGCAGGGGGAAUUUACUGUAACGUGUGCUCUCAGGAAUGCAACAACUUAUGUAUUUUAUGUAGUUCACGCUACGAUAGUGAUAUAUUGCAAGUUGGAGAGUCCUCCGACGAUCCCGACGCUGAUUACUGCAGGCCUGAUAAGAUUCGUAAGCAGGACAGGAAUAAGAAAUCUUAAUGAUUAUGUUUGGAAAUGUUUAAAAAAUAAUAUUUUUCAUAAGCCAAAAUAAA